GGGCAAACAGGGCGAUAUUUCUUAGAUUGUUUAGUCGUGAACGAAGGUAGCGUCCCACAGUUAAGCACUAUAAAGACCAUCAGUGAAGAUACUGUCGUUUAGACGCUGUUAUCUAUCUACAGUAUUUGCUAGGCGAAGAAAACGUGACUAUUCCCUCGUCUAUCGCACGCACCCCUCCUCCCUGCUACGUGCGCCGGCGGUUAUCCGGUCCGGUUUCCCUUGUUCCAACGCUAGGGCGCGCGCGGCGAAAUCAAUUAACCAUCCGCGACACAAAAACAAGUACCAUAUGUUAUUGUCACAGAAAAUCAAAAUUAUACCGAUAUUUUACACUUGCUUCAGCUAGUUGUCAACAACACGGGACGAUGAAAAAUUACAAGGCAAUUAUUGGGAGGGCACAGUGUGGUUUAACCUAUUGGGAUGUGUAGCGGAUGGAUUUUUCUCCAGCCGCCAGUGUGCCGUAAUUGCUUGGUGUGGAGAGCGUCAGUUGCAUGCUUGUGCCAGCCCGCCUGGAGGCCUGAGUCUCCCCGGAAACUUGCCGAUAGCGAGCCCACAGGAGUCAUUAGAAGGUUGAGCAGUGAGAAGAAGCAAGAUGCCGUCGGAGGAGGGUGCCAACGAAGUGAACCAGCAGGACGCUGUUCCUGCCGAGAACAAGGCGGAGACGAAGACGUCUCCGGUGAAGAAGACCAAGCCAGUCAAGAUGCGGCUGUACAAGGUGCUGUUGUUGGAUGGGACGGAGUACGAAGUGGAGUUAGAUAAGAAGGCAAAGGGUCAGCAACUAUUCGACAUGAUCUGUGACCACAUGAAUCUCCUGGAGAAGGACUACUUCGGCAUCACCUACACGGAUCCUCAGGACCAGAAGUACUGGCUGGAUCCACUGAAGGCGAUCGGGAAACAGAUAGCAGAUUUGGAAGAGAAAGAGAAUGUAAUCAUUCCUCCAGGUGCGCCUUGGGUGUUUGGAUUCAAUGUGAAGUUCUACCCUCCAGACCCCUCCCAGCUGCAGGAGGACAUCACAAGACUGCCGUGCUCCUUCGUGACACACGCCCUGCUGGGCUCCUACAUCGUCCAAUCAGAGCUGGGAGACUAUGACCCCGAGGAGCACAGCGCAGACUACCUGUCAGAGUUCAAGUUUGCACCCAACCAGACCAAGGAACUGGAAGAGAAGGUCAUGGAACUCCACAAAACACACAAGGGCCAGACACCAGCAGAAGCAGAGCUCCACUACCUUGAGAAUGCCAAGAAGCUGGCGAUGUACGGAGUCGACCUGCACCAUGCCAAGGUGCGUCAGGACGAAAAAGAUGACUCUGAAGGUGUGGACAUCAUGCUGGGGGUGUGCGCGAACGGUCUACUGAUCUAUCGGGACCGGCUGAGGAUAAAUCGCUUUGCUUGGCCCAAAAUCCUGAAGAUCUCUUACAAGAGAAGCAACUUCUACAUCAAGAUCCGACCCGGGGAGUUUGAGCAGUUUGAGAGCACCAUUGGGUUCAAGCUGCCCAACCACCGUGCUGCCAAAAGGUUAUGGAAAGUCUGCGUGGAGCAUCACACCUUCUUCAGGCUGGUGUCCCCCGAGCCCCCACCCAAGAGCAAAAUCUUACGCCUGGGGUCCAAGUUCCGCUACAGCGGCCGCACCCAACACCAGACACGACAGAUCAGCGCGCUGAUCGACCGCCCAGCUCCAAACUUCGAGCGGACCCUCAGCAAACGCUUCUCCAGCAAGAGCAUGGAUGCAGGUUUGUGGACAUCUCCUGGCUAUGCCCCAUACCGUGAGCAGAACCGACCAGACUUGUCAAAGCUCCCACCGGACAUGUCUGCCAGUGCGGACGCUGUUGGUGCUGGGAAACUUCCGUACGCAGACGACGUCCCACCACAGGGUGACGAGAGCAUUGCCGAGUCUUUGGACACGUUGUGCGAGGGGGAGGAUUACUAUCCACAGGGCAGCUUCAAGAGUCAGGGAGAGAAAGACGCCGAGCAGCAGCGCAGACAGAAGAAUAUCCACGAAAUGAAGAUGGAGUUCCUGAGUCAAACACCCCAGCCGGCGCCAGGGGGUUGGGACGCCAGAACCCCUCCCAAGACCCUGUCCCAGCAGAAAGAGGAGAAAGAGGAGCAUGAGGAGGCGGCAGUGCAGGAGACUGUGCCGCCCGUAGCCGAGCCUGAGGUGAAUGGUGCACCAGAGACGCAUGCUGCACCCGUGGAGCCUGCUCCCCCUGAAGAGUUAACAAAUAAGGUUGAUGAUGAGAUCCCGAUUGUUGAAAAUGCUGUGGUGGAUGAACUAGAGUCCCAGGAACCCCCUACCGUGGAGGUUAAGACAGAAACAGUCAAAUAUGUGGCCUCCGACGAGGCCCAACCUGAGUUCACAUCGUCUGUCCCUAUUGUGAAAACUGAGUCCAAAACCAUCACGUAUGAACAAAACGAGGAUGGGGAGCCCGACCAGGACCCUGGUGUGCUUGUCAGCGCGCAGACAGUCACCAGCGAGACUAUCUCCACGACAACCACCACACACAUCACCAAGACGGUGAAGGGUGGCGUGGCAGAAACACGCAUUGAGAAGAGAAUCGUCAUUACGGGAGAUACUGACAUUGACCACGACCAGUACAUGAAGAAAGAUGGCACGCUAGAGACUCACAUGGAAAGAACCACUGUCCUCACAGGGGAUUCAAACCAGGAUGAGGCUCUUGCUGACCUGAUUAAGGAAGCUGCAGACCAAAACCCUGACAUGACGGUCACUAAGGUGGUGGUGCACAAGGAAGAGGGGGAGCAGCAGGUCACGACUAACGGGACGGGGGAAGACGACUGACGAUGCCCAACAGUAGACAGUCAGCAUGAAGACAGCACUAGCGUGUGGGAGGGAACCAGAGAAACAUGUGUACACUGAGUUCUGAAGAAACUGAAUGUUUUCACUGUUAAGAAUUUUCUGAUGAUGACUAUUUCACAAAAGAGCAAAACAGAAAAAAUCACUUUUGUCUGGCUAUGUAGUUCCUGUGCAGAAUUCUGCCCAUGUUCUUGUGACAAUGUAAUUUUAAACUCAUUGUGUGUUAGAGUAGAGAAAUUGUAGAAACUAUGUCAGGAGAGAAAGAGAGAGAGAGGUUGAAUGUAUUUGGAGUUGAUUUUUUUGCUGCCGCUUUGAAGGCUUGGCAGGCAGAUACUUGUAUUGUGUAGAGAAUUUUCAAGUUAGGACUAGAGUUAGAAUGAUUAAGCUGGAAGGACAGAGCAUUGCUAACCAUACCUGCUGAAUACCUGCAGAUCUUUACAUUGCUAUUAAUGGAGUCUGAAUGAUAUACUAGAGAUGCCGACAUUACUUAAAGAAAUUGUUGGCAUAGAGUGUAAUGUCUGGUCAGGUCUGGCGGUGGUAAGCAUAAUUACAUCAGAAGACUGCGUGUAGGGUUUAUUUUUGAUAUGCACGCAUUGUUGUGUUUGUUUGUGAUUUUCCCUAUUCAAUCAUGUCCAUCAUCAUGUGUGGCACUUUUGCUUCCUUGUAAAUUUGUCUUUAGUAAUUUUGCCAGACCCCAUCUGUUGCUGAGCAGUGUAUACUAGACCCUAACUCCUGCUUGUAACUGAUGUAUCAUUUUGUAUAAAGGGGUUGGGAGCAUCGUAGUGGUGAAAGACAGUAGCACUGAGACUCGUAGAAUUACCCAGCUUGCACUUUCUUAGUACAACUAGGACUGCACAAAUGACAGCAUCUGUGCUAUCCUACUCAAAGAGGAUGGAAUUAAGAAUGGAUUUGUUGCAGAAUAGCCAGACUAACUUUCAGUUUUAUAGAUGAUGCUGACAUGGCCUUGUGUUUGAUUUAGAUUGUGUACAAGAGUACGAUUUAUGGCUUUUGAGUUGAUGUUGUCACUGCUUUUUACCGAUUCUGAAAAACCACUGUGUUCUUUUAUGGAGUAGGCCUUUCAAAGGCUAGACUGUUGUGGUACCGUUUUAACAAUUCCACAUUUUAAUGCAAGCGUGAUGGGUGAUAUGCUACGUACUCUAGCAGAACUUGACUGAAUAAAUAAUUUCUCAUCAGUACAAAU